AUCAGCUCUCAGGCCUGCAGGCCCGGUGGGCAUGGCACAUCCAGUUCUCUGCUCAGGGUCUUGCAAAACGGAGAUUGCACCCGGGCUCUUCCAGCCCCUGCGGUUUUGGGGAGUCUAGUUUUUUUAAGGGACCACCUGGAAGCCGCGGGCCACGUGUGCCUCCUGAAGGACGCCUCGGACUUCGCCGGCCCCGCGGACGUCGAACCUGGGUUUCUGGUCGUUGCCUCGGGCCGGGGUGGGGAGGGCUGGUGCCCAGCUGCGCCCCCUCCUCACCUGUCCUCCUCCGCAGGCCACGGCAUCCCCUUCGGCGUGGUCUUCGGCGGCACGGACCUGAAUGAAGACGUGCACCAGGGAGACAAGCACCUGGUGAUGGGGAAGGUCCUGGAGGAAGCCAGGUUCGCCGUGGCUUUCACCGAGUCCAUGAGGGCGGCCGCGUGCCUGCAGUGGGUGGACCCGGUGUUCACGAGGGAAGUCAAGGCCAAGGUGGAGAGGUCGGCGGGGGUGCGGCUGCUCCCCGAGAUGCCCCAGGGCGACCUGCACGCGGCCGAGAAGAACUGCCUCGCCCUGGUCAACAGCUCGCUCUCCGAGGGCAUGUCAGCAGCCAUUCUGGAGGCCAUGGACCUGGAGGUGCCCGUGCUGGCCAGGAACAUCCCGGGCAACGCGGCCGUGGUCCAGCACGGGGUCACGGGGCUGCUGUUCUCCGACCCUCAGGAGUUCGUGCAGCUGGCGAGGCGGCUGGUCCGCGACCCUGAGCUGGGGGCCGAGCUGGUGGCCCAGGGGAGGGAGUACGUGAGGACGCGCCACUCCUGGCAGGCGGAGCGCGACACC